AUGAGUAAAGCUCGCAGUUUACAGAGUAUAAUCUCGUACUCUGAGAAGUUAUUUGAUUCGGAUCCCUCCGAGGAGUAUGAGUACGAUUUCGAGCGCGAUGAUCACUCUGUCCCGAUUACUAUUGAUGAAUCAGAUACGCGUGAAUUGAACGGUAAUUUAUCGCGUGGAUUAUUUGUGAAAGGCUUGAAGAAGGAUAUUAAUGAACACAACAGUGAUGAUUCUGCUUCUGAUCUUGAUUAUGUGCCGACAGAAGCUGACGACGAUGAUGAUGACGAUGAGUACUCCAACGAGAAGGACUUUGAGUAUUUGAAUUCUGAUGGAGAGACUGCUGAUUUGACCUAUGAGAGUUAUCACCCUGAAGGGUUUACUUCUCAUGCCGAGGAGGUGGAAACAGAGACCGAAGAGAUAGAUGAAAUCGAUCAACUUGAACCCCCUGGCAGCGUCAAGACGCGUUUUUUACUCUACAUGCUUAAAUGUGCCCCACUCGUAUUGGUGGUACUUUUCUUGGUUCUUCUAUCUAACGUGUCUGCCAGUUUUCCAAGUCAAGGAACAGAUUCUGGAUACGUUCAUCACAAAUUAUAUCUAUUAGAGAAACAGCUGAGUAUACUGAGGCAGCAGCAGGAUCGAUUGAUAGCUGGAGUUAGAGAGAAUAAGGUUGUUUUGACCAAUGGAACCGAAAUAACUGAUUAUAUCGAGCAGUUUCGAUCCAAUAUCACUUCGAUCGAUGAUAAAAUUAGAAGAUUGCAACAACAAGAUACGACGAUUACCGAUAAUGACAUUGAGAGAAUAUGGAAGAUACUGAAGGACAAACUAGAUGAUGAAACAAAGGAGAAGAAACCAACCGUUACUGUCAUUAGGCCAGAAAUUCAACCGAAGAUGUCAAGUUCGGUUUCAGGUUCAAGUUCAGGUUUAGGUUUAGAUUCAGAUUCAGAUUUAGAUUCCUCGCCUGUGACAUACCGUACUCAGAACUAUGGCAGUCACGGUUUGAACAAUGUGGCAAGUACGGCGCGAGUGCUCCCACAACUUACAAGCAUGGCAAAAGUGAAAAGAGUGCGUACUAAAGUGAUGGAUCGAGUUCUUCACGGGUUUUCUGAUUUUGCCAGCAGAAAGAUCUGGAAGAAAUCCAGUAGAAAGCCACUGAUUGGGUUAAAAGGAAUCAAUUUAGGUGGGCAAGAUAACAAUCCUAACAACGUUCUUAUAGAGGACCCAAGAAGAUACUGGCAAGGGCUUGUAGAAGAUCUGCCCCUCAGCUUCACGAUGGCAUUGAGGGAACCGGUGUGUCUUGUCGAAGUUGGAAUUAGCCAUCCCCGCUAUAGGUACCUUAUGAGCAGUGCUCCAAAAUUUGUGGAAUUGUUUGUCAAACCAUCAAGGGAUCUCAGCACGAUUAGGCAACAAGUUGCUCGGUAUUAUAAUCAGGAUUUCCGUUCCGCCGUGCUGAGGUCAAGCUUUGCUAAGGUAGGCGAACUGACGUAUGACAUUGGUAGCAACCAACAGUAUCAGAAAUUCACAAUACCCAAGGAAGUUAAAUUAAUUCUUAUGGAAUACCCGAUAGAGAAUGUGAUGCUCGUGAUUGACUCCAACUGGGGUCAUUCAAACGUGACCGUACUAGACACUCUACGUCUCUUUGGACUGAAUGAGGUCGAUAGAAAGAGAUCUUUUGGUGACAGAAGCACUGGAAUGGAGACUGUGCCGGAUUUGGGUAGAGAUACCCCUAUGGAUAAGUAA